AUGGACGAUUAUAAUAAAACAGGCCAAUUCCAGGCCCCUACCACUACUGUCGAAGUAACAGGCGGUAGCAGUACCAACGAGAGCCGUUAUGGUGCCACCGACACCGAUCGUGCUACCAACGAAGCCGUCAGCCACGGGUUGCAGCAGAUCGAAGCCAGGAAGUUUCAUUGGUAUUCAUACUUUACUACCACCGACUUCUGGAUCGUUCUCUUCCUAGGCCAGACGCUCUCACUGUGCAUCACAGCCACCAACACCUUUUCGACUUUCCUAGCCAACGGCGGCGUUUCCAUUCCAGCCUUCCAGACCGUCUUCACCUAUAUUCUGCUAUCGCUCAUCUACCUAACAUAUACGCUCUAUACCUACGGCCCCAAGAAGUACGGCAAGAUCCUGCUGCGGGACGGCUGGAAGUACUUCAUUCUUAGCUUCCUCGAUGUUCAGGGUAAUUACUUCACCGUGCUGGCUUACCGCUAUACGAACAUCUUGUCCGCGCAGUUGAUCAAUUUUUGGGCCAUAGUGUGUGUUGUUAUCAUCUCAUUCCUCCUAUUGCGCGUGCGGUACAAGAUCUUCCAGAUCCUCGGCAUACUAAUCUGCUGCGGUGGCAUGGGAAUCCUGCUCGCUAGCGACCACAUACAGGGCACUAAUGGGGGCGACGGAGAAAAUAUGCUAAAGGGUGACUUGUUUGCUCUGGUUGGUGCCACAUGCUACGGUCUUACCAACGUUUUUGAGGAGUGGUAUGUCAGUAAGCGACCUAUGUACGAAGUGCUGUCUUUCAUGGGCCUCUUCGGCAUGCUUAUCAACGGCGUGCAAGCGGCUAUUUUCGACCGCGAGAGUUUCCAACAGGCGACAUGGGACAACUCUGCAGCUGGGUACCUGGUGGGCUAUACGCUGGUACUCGCAUUUUUCUAUUCGGUGGUGCCGUUCCUCCUGCGCAUCGCGUCUGCGGCUUUUUAUAAUAUCUCGCUGCUAACGGCUAACUUCUGGGGUACCAUCAUCGGCAUUCACGUGUUCGGUUACGCGAUCCACUUCAUGUAUCCGAUCGCCUUCGUCUGCAUCAUCGUCGGCCUUAUCGUGUACUUCCUCGCGGGAAGCAUCCUCGGCGAGUCCAAGAAGCCUUGGCUCGGUGACAACCAGGAGGAUGGCGUGGCGGGCUUUGGAACCGCGAGGCUUAAGGCGCUGAACGAAGCGAGGAAACAGGGUAUGGCUCCGGCGACCAAUGAUACGGUUUAG